CGCACCCACACACCCCCCCCUCUCGCGCGAUGAGGGGCGGGACUUCCGGGCGCAGCGACUUCCGGGCGCCGCCGCUGUCACCCGCUGCUGCCGCCGCCGCCGCCGAUCGCGGCUCCGGGCCGGGCCCCGCCAUGUUCCCUCCGCCGCCGCCGCCGCCGCCGCCGCCGUCAUGAGCCGGAAGAAAAGCGGCUUCGCCAUCACCAGCGUCCGCGGCGGUAACGGGGGCGGCGGCGGCGGCGGGGGAGACGGUGGCGGCGGUUCCUCCUCCAGCCCCGGUGGAUCCCGGUUCCGUUUAGUCCGGUUACCCGGUCCCGGUGAAGCCUUACGGCGGGGUCGGUGGAUCUGCCGGGAUUUUUACGAGAGGGAAACGGUUCCCAGGGGAAGCGGGAGGAUCCCGCUCUCCCUCGACUCCCCCCGCAACCCCCCCCCGCCGCCGUUCCCCGCCGCCGCCGCCGCCGCCGCCCCCCACCAGCCCCGUUCGCUCGGGGCCUUCGCGCAGCUGGUGCAGCAGGCGUUGCCCCCGAGACCCCCCUCGCCCCGCCCAGGGGGCGGAGCCACCGGGCUGAGCGCUCGCCUGGGAUUGGCCGGAGAGGAGAGCGAGGAGGAGGGCGGCACGGGCAGCGGCGUGACCGCCAUCGACAACAAGAUUGAACAGGCCAUGGUGCGGUUCGAGCUGAGCCCCCCGGUGCAUGCUGGGAAGGAGGAGGAGGAGGAGGGGGGGCCCGCGCCCCCCCCGCCGCUGGGGACCCCGACCCUGCACAGCAGCCGGGGGGGGGCGGCGGGGGGGGCCCGGGAACCCUUCGACGCCCCCCGAGCAGCCGCUGCUCUCCUGGGCUGCUCGUUCGCCGCCCGCUGCGCCGUGGGGGGGGCGGCGGCCGGAGCCAUGAACGUGCCCCCGACCCAGCGCCUCUACAGGGGCCUGGUCAGCCUGGCAGUGCCCCCCCCACCGGGGCCGCGCAGGGGGGUGCUGCCCCCUCCCGCGCCCCCCUCCAAGGUUCCUGGACCCGAGGUGGGGGCGCUGGCGGGGGGGGCCGGGCAGGGGAGUGGGGGGGGCCCCUGGCUGCCCCCACCCGCCCCCCCAGAACCCCCCCGGCCCCUUCCCCGCCCCCCCGGAGCCACUUUCCUCAUGUACCGGAAGCUGCAGCAGUGGGGGGGGGGCUGAAGGGGAGGCGACCCCCCCCCCC